GGCGUCAAGUUCAACCCUCGCGCGUCCAUCUCGAUUCCGUCGCCCCACGCGUGGUCUCCGCAACUGAUGCUGCAACAAGGUCAUCGUGUUGGCUCACCUUCGCUUGCUAAUCUCAGCGCGGUCAUGUCGCCAGCAUCGCCUUUCUCGCCGGAUGGGCUGCCGGGAGCAGUUGGCCAUCAGCGUCACCAGUCUCUCCAAUUUCCCGCGCUGGCUCACCAGUUCCAGCCGCCGGUCAGGGCAUCGCCUCGCUUGCAAGAACUGCGCGAGGUUGAUGAAGAGAAUAUGGUCGAGGGUCCUCAAGAGACGGCCCGCGAGCCCGGCUUCGUCCGCCAUAAUGCCAGCGAUAGCCUGCAGAAAGAAAUCGACGAGGCUGAGUAUCACUUGGAAGAACAAAUGCGGUCGCAGCUGGACAACGAUGAGGACUACAGCCCGCACAAUGACAACGGCAAGACGGACACGCGUCCGAUGACCUCCGGUCUCGGUCACCCGGCCGACCCAUUGGUUCAGUUGGCCCCGCAGCCUCCUCGUUUUGCAGGUGACGCGGACGGCAUUGUCCUGCAUCAUCCUAGGCCCCAUAGCCGGGGGCAUUCGCUGUCCCAGAAAUAUUUCACCGAGGACGAUGCGUCGAACCAAGGCGCCUUCAGGCCCACGCUGCAGCAGAUCAGCGCCCAGGAG